AUGGGAGGUAGCAUCCCGUCCUUGCUUUCCGGCGAUUCCGCCUCGUGUAUCGUCGUCUCCGAACGCAUGAUCGCACUCGGAACGCACGACGGAACCGUUCAUAUCCUCGACUUUUUGGGAAAUCAGGUUAAGGAAUUUGCUGCUCAUUCAGCUGCAAUGAAUGACCUUAGUUUUGAUAUAGAAGGCGAAUAUAUUGGAAGCUGUUCUGAUGAUGGUUCUGUUAUACUGCAUAGUCUUUUCACUGACGAGAAAUUGAAAUUUGAGUAUCAUCAUCCUAUGAAGGCCAUUGCACUUGAUCCUGAUUAUGCAAGAAAAUCAUCUAGGAGAUUUGUAACUGGUGGCUUAGCUGGCCACUUAUAUCUUAAUACCAAAAAGUGGCUUGGCUAUAAGGAUCAGGUUUUGCACUCAGGUGAAGGUCCAAUCCAUGCAGUGAAAUGGAGAACGAGUCUCAUUGCUUGGGCUAAUGAUAUGGGAGUAAAAGUUUAUGAUGCUGCAAAUGAUCAACGGAUUACAUUUAUAGAAAGACCAAGAGGGAGUCCUCAUCCUGAAAUCUUGCUCCCACAUUUAGUGUGGCAGGAUGAUGCCUUAUUGGUGAUUGGCUGGGGAACCUAUGUGAAAAUUGCAUCAAUAAGAUCAAAUCUGAACAAGGGCGCCAAUGGAACUUAUAAGCAUGUUUCAAUGUCUAACAUGAACCAAGUAAAUAUUGUGACAUCAUUUCAGACUAGCUGUUACAUAUCAGGAAUUGCUCCUUUUGGUGAUUCUUUGGUUGUUCUAGCCUAUAUUCUUGGUGAAGAAGAUGGAGAAAAGGAAUUUAGUUGCACAAUACCUUCAAGACAGGUAUGCGUCCUUUACAGUUCUGAAAAAGCUAAGUUCCUUGUCAUGGUGUACACCCCCUAUUUUGAGGCUUUUUGUGCUAUCAUUAGUGCAUUAUCUGUUUCUGUUCCUGCAAGUUUACCAAUUUAUCUUUAUGGUGUGACUCCAUUCUUGACAGAAGCCACGGCAAUGGUUACUGGAAAUGCACAAAGACCAGAGGUUCGCAUUGUGUCUUGGAACAAUGAUGAAUUGGCAACUGAUGCCCUACCAGUACAUGGCUUUGAGCACUACACAACAAUGGAUUAUUCCUUGGCACAUGCUCCUUUCUCAAGCAGCAGUUAUGCCCGUGGACAGUGGGCUGCCGGUGAUGAACCAAUAUACUAUAUUGAUGCUAAGGAUCACAUUGCAUGGCUUCUUCAACAUGGAUGCCAUGAAAAAGCUUUAGCAGCAGUUGAGGCUGGUCAGGGUCGGAGUGAACUCCUUGAUGAAGUCGAAACUAGAUACCUUGAUCAUUUGAUUGUGGAAAGGAAAUAUGCUGAGGCUGCUUCCUUGUGUCCCAAAUUGUUGAGGGGAUCUCCUAAAGCUUGGGAGAGAUGGGUUUUUCAUUUUGCCCAUCUCCGUCAACUUCCUGUAUUGGUUCCAUAUAUGCCAACAGAGACCCCAAAGCUACGUGAUACUGCUUAUGAGGUUGCUCUUGUGGCUCUGGCAACAAAUCCAGGAUUUUAUAAGGAUCUUGUAUCAACUGUUAAAUCUUGGCCACGUGUCAUUUAUUCUAUGUUACCUGUUAUCUCUGCAAUUGAGCCACAGUUAAAUACUUCAUCUAUGACUGAUGCCCUUAAAGAGGCGCUUGCAGAGUUGUAUGUUAUCAAUGGGCAGUACGAGAAAGCUUUUUCACUAUAUGCUGAUCUCACGAAGCCAGAUAUAUUUGACUUCAUUGAAAGACACAACUUACAAAAUUCUAUUCAAGAAAAGGUUGUCCCGUUGAUGAUUGUAGAUUGUAAACAAGCAGUUAAUUUAUUGCUCCAAAAUCAGGACUUAAUUACACCAUAUGAAGUUGUUUCACAGCUUCUGAAUACUAGAAAAAAGUGUGAUGCGACAGCCUUUUCUUAG